GAGGGCAUCGGAAAGCUUAAGAUACAGUCAACUGGUGUUCAGUUGUCAGGAGAGGCCUUACUAUUGGAUAACGUCUAUGCAGGUGCUAUUCGCUCAAGAAAGGAUCAGAGCCUUAGAAUACAAUCGGAUGAAAGCAUUGUAAUGAACGCCAGACAUACAAAUAGUGAUAGCGAUGUAUGGAAUCGAUUAUUUGUGGCCAAUAAUAGAGUCAAUGGAAUCGCAAAUCAAUUUGUAGUGAAAAGUCCUGACGGAAGGCUACUGUUCUUAGUUAGUGAUAAAAAUGUUGUCGUCGCUACUGAUAAGCUGAGGGUCAACAGUAAUCCUAAUCUGACAUGUGAUGGUAAUCUCAUGUGCGCUACUAAUGCCUUUCUCUCACUCACUCCCUGUACUCCCUGUGCCCUCUCAGAUGCGGCAGUACAAUCAAAUACAUUGGAUGAGCUGAACGUCUUGUCUCCCACCCGACGCAUCAAAAUAAAAGGACCGCAAAAAGUAUUUAUUAAAUGCAGUUCUGCUGGAAAUCUAUUGGCUUCGAGUGUCAAUAACUUAUACUUUCGCUCCAAACAGAAAAUCAUCCAUUUGGAUUCAAAGCAAAUUGAAUUUCGCGAUUUGCGAAUCGCUUACCCAACAAAAAGGGGCCGAACCUACCCGGCCAUAUAUCAAUUAUGUGUGUGCGCCCAGUCGGGCAAAUUAUUUAUGGUGCCCCCGGAGGCCAGUUGUCGCACCGACGCCACCUUUCCGAUUGACGCCAAACAUAUCACUGCCGCCAGUGAUGGCAUCGUUUCGUGUCUUCCAUAUCACUAUAAAUGA